AUGGAAUCUUCGAAGACCAAUGAUGAUGAAAAUUUGCAAAUAAAACAUGAUUUAUUACUUCAAUUUUUGUGUGAACAUAAUCUUUCCUGGUCAAUUAAAUUACAUGUUAAUACUCUUUAUGUAGAAUUUCCUAAAGAAAUAUCCGAAGGAUCAAAAGAAAAAUUAGUUAGUCUGCUUGAAUUUGCUGAUGAUGCAUUACAUUGUAAAAAUGUUGUUAUAUAUUUUGAUAAAACACGUUCUGAUCGAGCAAUGGUAGUAAAAACAUUUAUGUUUCUUGGCUUUCAUAUAUUAUCACCUGAGAAUAUAUUAAUGCAAAAUAUUGAUAAACAACCCGAUCAAUUAUAUAUGGUUUAUUUUAUAGACGAUGAUGGGUAA